GUGUGUGUUUGUGCAGAUUAUGGUAAAUCUAGUUCAAGCCUUCAAGGAAAGAAAGAAAGCUAGCAAGAAAUGUCAAAAACGACUCCCAAUCUUCCGCUGAAGGUCCGCCUCCUUCUCUCCGCCCACGUCUUCUCCGUUGACGCAGCUCGAAGAUCAAAUCUUACCGUCAACCGGGGCCUUGUCAAGGUUUUCGACCCCAAAUCCCCUCCCUCCUCCAAACCUAUCAACGACGUCUCCUCCUUCGACGUCACUAUCAACAGCGACACCAAACUUUGGCUCCGCCUAUACAAUCCCACUACUACUACUUCUACUAGUGCUACGUCACCAGGAGAUGGUGUUAAUGAUGACGUCAGCUUACCUGUGGUAGUUUACUUCCACGGCGGAGGCUUCUCUUUCAUGGGCGCCAACUCCAAAAACUACGACGGUUUAUGCCGCAGACUCGCUCGUGAGAUCCCCGCCGUCGUCCUCUCAGUGAAUUACCGUCUGGCUCCGGAACACCGGUGUCCCUCCCAGUAUGAGGACGGCUUCGAGGCUUUGAAAUUCCUGGAGAGCAUGGAUUUCGGAUCGUUCAAAGCGAAUGUGGAUCUCAGCCGUUGCUUCAUAGCAGGAGAUAGCGCAGGAGGGAACCUGGCCCACCACGUGGCGCUCAAAGCCGCCGGCGAGUAUAGCUUCGAGAAAGUAAAAAUAGUAGGACUGAUAGCAAUACAACCAUUUUUCGGAGGCGAAGAGGAGACGGAGUCAGAGAAAAGGAUAAAGGGAGGUUCAUUGAUAACGGAGGAACGAACGGAGUGGAUGUGGAAAGCGUUCUUGCCAGAUGGGUCUGAUCGUAACCAUCCAUCAGUGAACGUGUUCGGGCCAAACGCAGUGGAUAUAUCUGGUGCUGUUGGGUUUCCCUCAACGCUGCUUAUAAUCGGAGGGUUUGAUCCAUUGCAAGACUGGCAGAGAAAGUACCAUCAAGGCUUGAAGAAAAGCGGCAAGGAAGUGGAUUUGAUUGAAUACCCCAAUGCAAUCCACGCCUUUUAUUGCUUCCCGGAUCUACCCGAAUCAGCCUUGCUCAUCACCGAAAUCAAAAAUUUCAUGCACAAACAACUAUCUAAAAACUCUACUUAGGCUUUUGUCUUUUCUUGCAGUUUCUACGUGUAUUUUUGCAUGAUAGUAAAAGUCUUUUAAUUUAAGUUAAACUAAA